AUGUCAUCGCAAGUGGCCACUCCUGCCCAGCUAGAGAGCCUUAUUCAAAAAGCCACCAGCGAGUCUAUACCGCACGGAGCGGUGGAUUUGACCGUCGCACUGGAGGUUUCGGAUGUUAUAAAAUCGCGAAGAAUCGCGCCCAGGGAUGCUAUGCGAUGCAUUAAAAAGCGGAUCAUGAACACCAAAUCAAAUCCAAACACGCAAUUGGCGUCUUGGACGCUCACAGAAAUGUGUCUAAAAAACUGUGGGACUGCAUUUAUUCGAGAAGUGUGUUCUCGCGAGUUUAUGGAUCCCCUGGAACGCACGAUCUUGGAUAACGAUGGUAAUGAAGAGCUUGAACUCAUGUGCAAGGGCAUCUUGCAGAAUCUUUACACUGCCUUCAAAAACGACAGCCAACUUGGGUACGUUUCGAGGGUUUAUCAACGGCUUUUGUCGCGAGGCAUCGAUUUCCCGCCAAGCACUGCAAGCGAUUUGGAAUUGGCACAGGCAAUGUUUGACUCGAAGGCUCCCGCAGACUGGGUGGACUCGGACGUCUGCAUGAUCUGCUCAACGCGGUUCACCUUGCUUAAUAGAAAACACCACUGUCGAUCCUGUGGCGGAAUUUUCUGCCAAGAACAUUCCUCCAAUAAAAUUGCAUUACCAGACUUGGGAUUAUAUGAGCCCGUACGAGUUUGUGACGACUGUUACCGUGAAUACGACCACAAACGACUAUCGGACAAAAAACACCAGAAGAAGUCGAAACGCAGUUCCAAGAGGUCAUCGCAAGAUGUUCAAGAGCAGGAAGACGAGGAACUGAGAAGAGCAAUAGAACUUUCCCUCCGAGAGUCCCACGCAAGUGAGACAUUUGUUCCCGUGGUUCCAGCAGUACCGGCAGAACCGAAAAAAGCCACUACUGCGUUCACAGAGGAAGAACAAGAUGAAGACCUCAAAGCCGCCAUUGAGGCCAGUUUACGUGAGGCUGAAGAACAAAAAAAAUGGCAAGAAGCGGCUUCUUCUAAUCCGUACAUUCCCCCCCAACCUUCAUUUCAACAGGAAGUCCAGCGCCCUACUUACGAGCUAUCAGCUUCAGAGGAGGACGACAUAUAUUUGUUCGCUACUCUGGUAGAAAGAAUGAAAUCACAACCUGCUUCUGCUGUACUUGGAGACACGCAACUUCAACAGCUCUAUCAAAAAGUCAUGGGCAGUGCCCCCAAGCUCAAUUACUGUCUGAAUGACGCCUCUAAAAAAUACAACACACUGGUGGACGUAAACAGCAAAAUUUCAGAUAUCAUGAACAUCUACGAUUCGCUUCUUGAAAAACAGUUGCAAUCAAUAAACCUUAACCAGCAGUACUCUCUACCCCAGCUUCCGUCAGAUCCAUACGCCUAUUACAAUGUUGCCCAGCAGGAAAGCCCGAUGCGUUUUGCACCUACUCAACAAGCUGCUAGCGUGUCCAGACUAGCUUCAGACUUUACUUCCACGCCAAAAGAGCCACAAUCUGAUCGUAUCCCAGAUUCAAUGCCGCUGGUUCAAAACGCCCCAGAAAAACAGGAGCAGCGUCCGAACUAUGCGGAUGAUUUGCAAGGAGUAGCACUGGGCUCACCCCAAUCUAAUGAGAAGACUACAGCACAACAGAGGCCAUACCCCGAUGAUAUACAGGAAUUGGCUAACGUGCCGUCAGAACCAAUAUACCAAGAGGAUGUCAAGAGAUCAAAACAGUCCAAUAAAGUACCCUACCCCGCUGAAGAGGAGAGUGCUGAACAAAGUGGGAACAAAAUUCCCGCUAAUGGCGAUAAUAAAAUCACCAAUUUUGAUUUUCCAACUGUUCCACUUCACCAACCGCCUGUGAAGGAAGACGAAACAGUACAUUCGGAGGACACGCAGGACCGUGAAGAAUUGCUCAUAGAGUUAUAA